AGAGUAUAGAAGCACUUUGGUAUGAAUCACUGAUGAACACGUCCUUGCAGAACAUAUCUUACAAGGCGUGGGUUUUAGACACUCCUGGACACAGGCAAUAAAAAUAGCAAUACCCUUUGACCAAGCUAGUAGUAUUUAUCAGUCAAAGGUGAAUAUAUCUACAGAGUAGGAAUCAACAAUGGGCAACACACCAUCGAAGACGGUUCUGCAACCUGAGAAAACAGCAGUGUUUAAGCCAGAGUCAGGAGCAGUUUACAGGAUCCCAUCUCUCAUCUAUCUGAAAGAAACAAACACAUACCUAGCCUUUGCAGAAAAACGGAAUUCCAAAACUGACGAGGAUGCCAAAUGCCUUGUGAUGAGCAGAGGGACAGGUCAAAGUGAAUCAAUCCAGUGGUCCGAGGUUGAGGAGCUGACAUCAGCAUCUUUACCACACUACCGCACCAUGAACCCUUGUCCUGUCUUCGAGAGGAACACCAGGUCUCUCUUCCUGUUCUUCAUCUGCGUCCUCGGCAACACGUCAGAGUGUUGGCAGAUCUUCACAGGCAAGAACAAGGCCCGCCUGUGCUACGUCACCAGCAGUGACCAUGGGCAGACCUGGAGCCAGGUGGAGGAUGUGACAAACAGCACGAUCGGUGACACGGUCAGUGACUGGGCCACAUUUGCCGUCGGUCCAGGCCAUGGCCUUCAGCUGGAGAGCGGCAGGUUGAUCAUUCCGACCCAUGCACAGUACAUCUCUAGACGAUGCUGCUCAAUCCCGGUCCCGCUGACGGUGAAGCCGUACGCCCUCGCCGUGUACAGCGACGAUUCGGGCAAGACGUGGCACAUGGGCGAAAUGCUUCAGGGUCUUUCGGGGGAGUGUGAGAUGGCAGAGAUCAUCGACCGCGAUGGCAGGCAUCACGUGUACUGCAACGCCCGCACCAUGGGAGGCCACAGAGUGGAGGCCCUGAGUGAGGCAGAAGGGACUUCCUUCGACACGCCCCGCUUGGCACACCAGCUGGUGGAGACGGGCAAGGGUUGCCAGGGAAGCGUUGUUGGGUUCCCUGCCCCGGAGCCCGAGGCUGGCAGCAAAGGUGGCACCACCACCCCGUCCCCAGGCAGUCUGACCUGGCUGCUCUACAGCCACCCGACCGACAAGUCCAUCAGGAGGGACGUGGGAGUGUAUCUGAACCGCACCCCCCAGCAGGAGUCUGGAUGGAGCCUGCCCUGGGUCAUCCACUCAGGGCCCAGCGCCUAUUCUGACAUGGCCUACAAUGAGGACGGAAAGAGCUUCGCCUGUUUGCUAGAAAGUGGGAAGGAUAGUGAACUGGAACAGAUCGCUUUUGUGUCGUUUACCCUGAAUGAUGUCAUUGAACAUACUAAUAAGAAAAAAUAG